CAUCGAUAUAAACACCAGCAUCAGAAGCCCACGGUACAGAUAGAUAAAGUACUUUUCAUUCGAACAACAUCGCAUGAUCUAAACUCCCCAUGCGGGCGUGGAAAAACUCCACGAAAAUAAUUUGGGGAUAAAAUGAAGAAAUGGAUGAUGACCAGGCUGCAGUGGAUGCCAACAUUGUGGGCAACCUUGAUGCUAUGAAAAUACACACCUAAUUAAAAUAUACAGUUUAAUCGCAAUGAGUCCAGUGCAAGAGUCCAUUUGAUCCAUUGGUCGGUCGAUGCAGAAUUCUCAACUAUGUUGGCCUAAAUGUACACACAUUUCUGUAAAGAAGACAUAUUAUGCUCCCCCUCACACACACACACAAUUUUAAAACAGUCCCCUUGAGUGUUGUCUUGUUUCAUCAGCCCAUAACAAAAUUUCCUAAACACGUGGGAAAAUGUUUCGUGGUCAGAUGAAUUGUUUUUGCUGUAAUUCCAUAAGGUUUGUUUGCCACAACCACUUCUUACCACUAAAAGAACACCAUACCUGCUGUGAAGCAUGGUGGGGGGAAUUAUGAAAAGUUCGAUAUAGCAGUUACUGGUAUAACAAAACCUUCAGGAAAAGAAAUGUCAGCAAAAGCCUAACAGAACAACAGUUUUUGGGGUUAAUCAGAGACCCUUUAAACGGUAGCAAGUGUGUGCGGACUUCCAUUUAACAUGAGUUUGAAUGUGAAGAGCACAGCCACAUCCCCAGUUGCAAAACGGUGUGCACACAACCACAUUGUCUCGGUUGUUUAUUUUUUUACAUUCCCUCUUGAAAAAUAUUUCAUCUUUUUCGAUCAGGUUAUGGGUGGCAUUAUGGCUGAAAAAGUUUAGAAAUUAUUUCUUGAUUUCAUUUUUUUUUUUAUAUCACAAAAUCCUGGUGGUAAGCUACUUGUGUAGCCACAGCUGCCCUGGGGCAGUCUGACAGAAGCGUGGCUGCCAUUCUGCGCCUACGACCACCACCAAACAUCCAAUCACAUUCACUGAUGGGCAUUGUGGGUUAAGUGUCUUUUCCCCGAGUUAAAAAAAAGCAAAUAUGAACUCCAAACCGCACACACACACAAUCAAUGGACAGUUAAAGCUUAUAUUGUAUUUGGUAAUGUAUAUUCAUUUAAUACUGAUUUUUACCACAUGGUAAACUUUUAAUGCGUACUUUAAGUGCAGUAGUGAACACAUAUGUUGAAUGCAAUAUGCUAUUUUAUGUCAAAAGGCUUAUAUGUGUUUGAAAUAAUCUUAGUAUGCAAAUCUUUCAUGACAGGUUUACACACCAUAGGUAACCACAACACGCUGGUUAUGCGUCAUAAAAGUUGGAAUGAAGCAGCAGUAACAGUGAGGUCAGUAUUACACAGCGUCACUUCCAAGUGGGCGGGGGCGCCUGCAUGUUACGUCACAGCACGUCACAUCAGGCGCGCCUUUGACGCUCAACUACACAAUUUUACGUGAAGGAGUGACGCAUGCGUGAAUGACGUCGCUUGGUUUACGUCCGACGUGUGGGAUUUUUGGCGUCCUCUACCGGCGCUCGGCGGGAGCUUGGUAUGGAUAGGCUUUGCCAUAGAAACCGCCACACGGAGCCACGUAGCUGAAGGGUGGCCACUGAGCAAACGACGACAACAUGGCGAACAAAAUGACCUCCAUGCCCAACUUUAAAACCUAUCGUACGAACGUGAAAAUUGGCAACUGGAACGAGGAGCAGAAUUUGGAAGAGCAUGUGAGGAGCAAGUACCUGUGUAAAAGAGAAAAGGGGGAGCUGACUGCCCAGAGAGUCGACUUCCUCAAGCACAACAUCCUCAGUCCGGUGGAAUUGAGUGUGACCACAGAUGAUGCUCUGCACUUUGGAGAUGUUGUGAUGUUGGUGAACAUCGGUGUAGAUGGCAAAUGUUUUGCGCUCGGCAUCAACGCGUACAUUGAACACAUGACCAAGAUUCCUUCUCCUGGCAUUAAAGGUCCGUGUGGAGUCAGUGCUGGGAGAAACAUUCAGCCCAGUGUGCGCACGGCAUUCAUCAUUACCAGUGUAGAUGGCACUCCUGAAGGAGCAACUCUGCAUUAUGAGCAAAGUUUUGCCUUGAAAACAACAAGUGGCUUCGCCGGGGGUCUGUACCUGACAAGUGAUGUGCAGACAUUCCGGAAGUCCGCCCUUAGGUCUCGUCUCCAGGAAGUCAAUUUGGAGGAGAGCGAAUGCUUUCCAUCUUGGUGGAAGGUGGUGCACUUUGACCCCCAGGAGAGGCUCGAGCACGAGGGUCUGCCUGUACCCGCCAACGUCAACGUGGUCGUCCUCCACUGCAAGACAAACCAGGCUCUGGCUGUUAUGGACCAUCUAAUCCUUGGGACCACAUAUGGCAAUGAGUACGAGGUGACCGCUCAUACUUUCUUGGACGCCCACAAAGCUGAAAAGUCCAACAACCACUGGAUCCUGUGCACCUCUGACCCAGCCGGGGAGGGCCUCCUGCUUCUCAAUCGCCUGAAGUCGGAGGGAAACUCUGUAUCGUUGCCCCGGGAUGACAGUCCAACAGAGUAUAUCACAUGUAGCAUAUGUAAUUAUCGGGAAAACAGGUGAUUUGUUUCUUUAAAAAAAAAAAAAAAAAGGUUCUAUGCUUGGAUGAUUCCCCCCAACUUUGCAUUUGUUUUUUUUAAACACAGAUUUGUUCCCCGGGAAUGUUUGUUGCUAUAAGAAUUUGAUAUGUUUUGUCAAACACGGGGUGGUCAUCUAUUGUGAUUUUCAAAAAUAAUAAUAGAAAAUGUGAUAUGGAGGCCCAUGGUGAGGCAUGCUUCCAGCACACUGAAAAAAACAUCCCUUUAGGGGUACAAUGGCCUGUCACUGGGGUGUUAGAGGUACUUUGAUACCCUUGACACUUGCUUGGAAAACCCGUCCUAUCAUGCUUUCCCAUGCAUAUUAGGUUACUUGCAGACUCUAAAUUGUCCAUAGGUGUAAAUAUGAGUGUGAAUGGUAGUCUGUGUAUUGUCUGUUCCCUGCAAUUGGUUGGUGACUGGUCCAAGGUGUACCCAGCUUUGAGGAAUGUUGUGGGUGAAUGGUCUAUUGUCAUCUACUCCAGUUCUGUACACACCUUGACGAAUCUGAUGGGUGUUUUUUUGUCCACAAUUUUCUGUCAGUCGAGGGCUUGAACCGGGAUCCCCAUGCAAUUUUAGCUACUUGGGUAUGGCUCAAUAAUAUUUUGAGACUCUAAAUUGAGCAAACUGGGCAAAUUCCUUUUUGUGAUUUUGCAGCAGUGAUGAAAGGUUUAGGGCUGCAACUCAAUGACUCCAACUAAGUGUUUAGUGCAAUAGUGGUCUAAGUCCUAAACAACUCUGUCAAUAUUUCACAAAAGAGUGCAGACGGCCCUCGUAUGUCAAAAAUGUAACAAAACCUUGGAUUAGACCAGUUUUCAUCUGAGAAUUGAGUUACUACACUCUAAUUAUUGGUGGCUCAAUAGCCCAUAGGUGUGAGUGGUUUUUAGUCUAUAUUUGCCCUGUGCUAGCCUCUCGCCCAAAGUCACCUGAGAUGGGCUCCAGCUCACCCACCACCCAAAUGAGAACAAGUGCAAGAAUGGAUGCAUGAAUUGAUUUUUAUGCUUUUUCUCACAUGACCCAAAACUCACAGACUUUUCCAAGGGUGUGUGUAUCCUCGUGAAAAUGUUUGUAUUUUAGGGGUCCUCAAGAGCCCCCCCCCACACACACCCUCCGCUAUAAGACGCAGUAGCGCCCCCUGGAAAGAAAAGAAAAUUGCCCUUGGGAAACCAGUUUCACCUUCCAUCCAUUCUCAACACCACUUAUCCUGUUCAGGGGCGCUGGAGUCUAUCCCAGCUGACUUCGGGCGAAAGGCAGACUACACCCUGAACUGGUCGCCAGUCGGCAUUGGUUGGACCUUGGCGUCCUCUCCAUGCUUGCAUCUGGUCUUUGUUGGGUUUUUCCAUUGGUCCUGGGUCUCUUUAAUUGCAGUGGGAACGCUGCACCUUCUGUUCCAAAACUAAAUGUAUCAAAAUGUGUUAUUUCUUCUCCAGAGAGUAAAGGGAACAUUAGGCAUUUUUAAAAUAUUAACUGUAAAACUGAAAAAUGCAUUCCUGUGAAUUACUGAAGUCAUAUUAGCUGUAUCAACACUGUUUCUGAGAACUGCUUCACAUCUGUGUUGCAUGAUUUUGUGACUUUGAGGGGGUCUCAUGUUGAGAGCUUGGCUUCACAUGGGCAUUGUCAACAAACCGUGAAUACGGAAUGUCCUGGGCUGGAAUAGCAGUUCAGAGCAGAUGUAAAGUAGUUCUUGUAAAAGUUCUUCAAUUAAAUGAGUUCAAGCAUUUUUCAAUUUGCACAGUAAAUGGUAUGCAUAAUGACAAAUGUUAACAUGGUCUAAUGUUCAAUUUUCUUCCCUUUCUGUACAGGAAUAACACAUUCAAAUACUUUUUUUGUUUUGUUUUUUCAUUUGAAAUAGAAUGAGCAGUGGUCCCUAUUUGUGUUUUUGAAAAUAAAAGCUAUUAUACAAAUUUUUAGCUUUUACUCAACUUUUAAACACAAUCCUCUAAACAUAACUAUACAGGAGCUGUCAAGAGUUAUAUAAAUACUGCUUUGGAACCCUGCAAAUGUAUUAAAUGUAAAUGUAAUGUAACAAAUGUACAGCUUAUACCACAACUGGCAUAAAUGAAAAGCAUCACCAAAAUCACAUUUUUAUUUCUGUAAUGAUUAAUUUGCCAGUAUGUAGACUAUCUUGAACCCAAAUGAGUUUUAGCUAAAAUAUGAAUAUGAAUACACGAUUAUUUCUUAAGAUGUCAAGAACAUAGUCAUUCCACUUGCAUUCUUCUUCUUUUCCUUUCGGCUUGUCCCAUUAGGGGUCGCCACAGCGCGAUAUCCUUUUCCAUGUAAGCCUAUCUCCUGCAUCCUCCUCUCGAACACCAACUACGAUCAUGUCUUCCCUCACGACAUCCAUCAACCUUCUCUUUGAUCUUCCUCUAGCUCUCUUGCCUGGCAGCUCCAUCCUCAUCAUACUUCUACUAAUCAUCUCCUCCGGACGUGUCCAAACACUCGAAGUCUGCUCGCUCUAACUUUGUCUCCAAAACAUCGAACCUUGGCUGUCCCUCUGAUGAGCUCAUUUCUAAUUUUAUCCAACCUGGUCACUCCGAGAGCGAACCUCAACAUCUUCAUUUCCGCCACCUCCAACUCUGCUUCCUGUUGUCUCUUCAGUGCCACUGUCUCUAAUCCGUACAUCAUGGCUGGCCUCACCACUGUUUUAUAAACUUUGCCCUUCAUCCUAGCAGAGACUCUUCUGUCACAUAACAUACCUGACACCUUCCUCCACCCGUUCCAACCUGCUUGGACCCGUUUCUUCACUUCCUGACCACACUCACCAUUGCUCUGGACGGUUGACCCCAAGUAUUUAAAGUCCUCCACCCUUGCUAUCUCUUCUCCCUGUAGCCUCACUCUUCACCCACCACCCCUCUCAUUCAUGCACAUAUAUUCUGUCUUACUUCGGCUAAUCUUCAUUCCUUUGCUUUCCAGGGCAUGCCUCCAUCUUUCAAACUGUUCUUCCACCUGCUCCCUGCUUUCACUGCAAUGUCAUCUGCAAACAUCAUGGUCCACGGGGAUUCCAGUCUAACCUCAUCUGUCAGCCUAUCCAUCACCACUGCAAACAGGAAGGGGCUCAGGGCUGAUCCCUGAUGCAGUCCCACCUCCACCUUAAAUUCGUCUGUCACACCUACAGCACACCUCACCGCUGUUCUGCUGCCCUCGUACAUGUCCUGUAUUAUUCUAACAUACUUCUGCCACUCUAGACUUCCGCAUGCAGUACCACAGUUCCUCUCUUGGUACUCUGUCAUAGGCUUUCUCUAGAUCUACAAAGACACAAUGUAGCUCCUUCUGACCUUCUCUGUACUUUUCCAUCGACAUCCUCAGGGCAAAUAAUGUAUCUGUGGUACUCUUUCUAGGCAUGAAACCAUACUGUUGCUCGCAAAUACUCACUUCUGUCCUGAGUCUAGCCUCCACUACUCUUUCCCACAACUUCAUUGUGUGGCUCAUCAACUUUAUUCCUCUAUAGUUCCCACAGCUCUGCACAUCACCCUUGUUCUUAAAAAUGGGCACCAGCACACUUUUCCUCCAUUCCUCAGGCAUCUUCUCACGCACUAGAAUUCUAUUGAACAAGCUGGUCAAAAAUUCCACAGCCACCUCUCCUAGAUGCUUCCAUACCUCCACAGGAAUGUCAUCAGGACCGACUGCCUUUCCAUUUUUCAUCCUCUUUAAUGCCUUUCUAACUUCCCCCUUACUAAUCAUUGCCACUUCCUGGUCCACCACACUUGCCUCUUCUACUCUCCCCUCUCUCUCAUUUUCCUCAUUCAUCAACUCCUCGAAGUAUUCUUUCCAUCUAUCUAGCACACUUCUUGCACCAGUCAACAUAUUUCCAUCUUUAGCCUUAAUCACCUGCACAUAGAUCCUUUUCUCCUUCUUUAGUGUCCAACCUGCCAUGCAUGUCAUCAUAUGCCUCUUGUUUGGCCUUUGCCACCUCUACCUUUGCCCUGUGUCGCAUCUCAAUGUAUUCCUUUCGCCUCUCCUCGGUCCUCUCAGUGUCCCACUUAUUCUUAGCUAAACUUUUUCCUUGUAUGAUUUCCUGUACUGUAUGGUUCCACCACCAAGUCGUCUUCUCUCCUUUCCUGCCAGAAGAUACACCAAGUACUCUUCUGCCUCCCUCUCUGAUCACCUUCGCUGCAGUGGUCCAGUCUUCUGGAAGCUCCUCCCGUCCACCAAGAGCCUGUCUCACCUCUUCCUGAAAAGCUGCACAACACUCGUCCUGUCUCAGCUUCCACCACUGAUUCACUGCUCUGCUUUUGUCUUCCUAAUUUUCCUCCUCACCACCAGAGUCAUCUUACACACCACCAUCCUAUGCUGUCUCGCCACACUCUCCCCUACCACUACCUUACAGUCGGUAACCUCCUUCAGAUUACAUCGUCUGCACAAGAUGUAAUCCACCUGCAUGCUUCUACCUCCGCUCUUGUAGGUCACCCUAUGUUCCUGCCUCAUCUGGUGGCGGGGCAGAGACAGAACACCUUAACACAAAUGACAACAUUCGGUAGGCCUAUCCAAAAUAGAUUGAUGGCAAGAAAAAAAUGUAUGUAAAUGUUUUAUUAUUUACAAUAUAUUAAUCUAUUUAUUGAGAUAAAUUAAUGAAAAAUAAUAAUAAUAAAUUGUAAUUAAUAAAUUUUUGAGAACAGCUACAUAAAUGCAACAAAUAUUACAGGGCCCAUAUAACAGACCGGGCCGUAUCUGGCCCGGAGCCUGGUCAUACUUUAGUCCAGUUCUCAUCUAAAUUCUUUGUGCAGGAGGGCUGCACGAUAUUGUCUUUGAGCAUCGUCAUCACUAUGUACGUGUGUGCAAUAGUCACAUUGCAGGGUCUGCUGCGAUGUUAGUGUACUGUAAUAUACAGGGAAUCAACUGUAACUGUUUGACCAUGAUUAAAAGAUUGUACUUUACACCUGCUGUAGUUCCUAUUUCACGCUUCAGAAUGAAACUAGGCAGUCACGAGGCAGCUGUGUGAGUGAGCGAGGUGCGUUCAGGGACACUGCGUAAAUGGGAUUGAAUAUGUUCUUUUAUAAUACAGUACAUAAUUGUAAAAAUGGAAUAGUAGGUAAAUUAUAUGUAUCAGAAUGUUUUAGUUAAACACUAUGAUCACACUGUGAUAAUAUGAAUUUUGUUUUGUAAUAUAAGAAUAAAUAAAUUAUUUUGGUAAUAUAUUUAGCCAGAGCUGUGAGGAAUGCAUCAUUGACCUUUCACCUUCGUUCCUGUCAUACUGUGUUGCAUGUUUUUGUUUGGCCAUUAAGA